AAUGGUGGGUGGAUUAUGCAUCCAAUUGGUUUAUCGGGUGAGCGGGGAAAGAAGGAACCAGGCGUUUGGAUAGGGUAUUGACAGAGAGUGGAUAUGGCGAAAUCCUGUCCACUCCUGAUUGGAGCUUCGAAGCUUCACCUGAUACAGCAAAACCGCGAAACAUCUUCCCUGUCUGAGUUAUGUUUAGCUUUCAUCUGGUGAAUGAAGUAGAAUGAGGAGUAUUUUUAAGAUUAAUGCCUCCAUCCUAUCAAGUUAUGUAAUUCAUGCGUGUCGAGACUCGAGAGCUCAUCUUGAGAGUUGUUACUUUUAAGCAGUUAUAAAUCAGUGUAGUGGAGAUUCCCUGAGUGUUAUCGUGCAAAAUCAGAAGAUUCCCUGAGUGUUAUUAUGCAAAAUCAGAAUUUUCUUCGAAGUAAGGCAUCUUUCAGUCUUGGAAAGAGCCCUGAAGGGCAAGUUGCUUCUAGAAAGCCUUGUAUAGUUCGAAGGGUGUUUUCUCAUACAAGUCAUUUUAAAUCGUCCCUCGGUGCGGCUAAGUUUUCUUAUCUCUCUAAAACUUCGGGUUGGAGCAUUUCAAAUCUUGACCACGUAUUGCAGUCUGGAAAAAUCAAAGGAGUGGGCAGUGUGGCUACUGAAAAUCCUGGAGGAUUAUUUGAGGAAGAUGAUGAUCUAUGUCCUGUUGAAUGUGUAAGAGAAUUUAAAACUGAUGAAGAAUUUUGCAGAAUUCUCGAAAAGGCCAAGGAAACCAAAUCCUUAGUUGUGGUAGAUUUUUAUCGCACUGCUUGUGGAAGCUGCAAAUACAUAGAGCAGAUUUUUGCAAAAUUAUGCCGGGGAUCUGGGGAUCAGGAUGCUCCAGUAAUCUUCCUAAAGCAUAAUGUAAUUGAUGAAUAUGAUGAGCAGUCUGAGGUUGCGGAGCGACUCAGAAUAAAGGCGGUGCCUCUCUUCCAUUUCUACAAAGAUGAAGUCCUGUUAGAGGCUUUCCCAACCAGAGACAAGGAGAGGAUUGUUGCAGCCAUUCUUAAAUACUCCUCUCUUGCAUCUCAAGACAUAUAAGUGAGAUGCAAGAACGUACUGUCAAGGAUUCAAGAUGAUAUGAUAUUUUCUAAGAACAUCCACAGGAUCAUGGAUAAUGGAUGUAAGAAAAAUGGCGUGGCUUAUCAUGAGCUCACUGAUAGUGGAACCAGUUUUUUCUAUCCAGCAUCAAGCACCAGCCAUGUUCUGCAACAAGAAGAAGUGGGUCAUACCUGAAAGAAAACCAUGGGUCACAUUUUUAUUGUUUGAAAGUGAUUUUUAUGCCGUAAACUUCUGGAGACUGAAGAGAAACGGAGAUAUCUGGCCCCUUCUUUCCUGUUGAUACAAGAAGGUGUCGUUGCCUCAUGGGCUCUGUUCGUAUCAUAACAGCGGACACAAAUAAGUAGAAGAUGUCACAGGAUACCCAUGCAGAUCCUCAAGUAGCCAGAUCAUUUGUGGGGUACGUGAGAGGAACAGCUGACAGUGUAUUCCAAUAUUCAGUGUAUUCAGCGUAACUUUGGGUUCUUGAGAGGUGACCUCCUUAGACUGAAUUCUUUCCUUUACUGAUCAAUAAUACCACAACAGGUGGCUAUUUUUGCA